UCAAGCUGUUACCAAAAAAUUUGUCAGCCGCAUAACGAGGGUCAGUAAGUGGUAAACAAGUUUUCUAAUCACUAAAGAUAGACAAAAAUAAUAACAGUUGCGGAAGUUUUAAUUGUAAACGCACUGCGAAUAGCGGAUAAAAAUGACCUCUGUUCAUACACCAUCUGUUGCUCUCAGCAAAUACAGGGAUCAACAUUUCAAGGGAUCUCGCCAUGAACAAGAACGACUGCUCAAGAUGUCGUCAACGCUAUACAUUGGCAAUCUCAGUUUCUACACAACGGAAGAACAGAUCCAUGAACUGUUUUCGCGAUGCGGCGAUAUUCGGCGAAUUGUUAUGGGACUGGAUAAAUUCAAGAAAACACCCUGCGGUUUCUGCUUUGUAGAAUAUUACACCCGAGUCGACUCGGAGAGUGCAAUGAGAUACAUCAACGGAACAAGACUGGACGAUAGAAUUGUACGUGUCGAUUGGGAUGCAGGAUUCGUGGAAGGUCGCCAGUAUGGACGCGGUAAAACCGGUGGACAGGUACGUGACGAAUAUCGCCAAGAUCACGAUCUAGGUCGAGGUGGUUACGGUAAAAUGGUCCAGGUUGGGCAGCUUGGAGCGCCCAACAUAAGAGAAAGCUAGACGCGGAAGGUUCGGACGUGAAGACAUGUGAAAUUAACUAUUAUGUAAAACAAAACUUUUAAACCAAUAAACGGAAGCACUUACUUAAG